GGAACCUUCGUCUUAUCCACGCAGCUACACGGAGGCAUUUCAUGGUCAGACCGCGCCGGGAACGAACUGAAAAGAAUAAAGCGGAGAGCGGAGCUGGUAGUGGAUUAUGUGGAGGAGCGGCUCGUCCGGAGGCUCUGACCGCUUUGAGUAUUUACAAACUCUGGUCACCGAGUUUCAGGACACCGACAGCGACGAGGCAAAGGAACAAGUUCUGGCUAAUUUGGCCAAUUUUGCAUACGAUCCAAAGAACGUGGAGUAUCUGAGAGAGCUGCAGGUGACUGACCUCUUCUUGGACAUGCUGACUGAGGAGAAUGAGAACUUUGUGGAGUUUGGGAUGGGAGGGCUCUGUAACCUCAGCAUGGACCCUGAGUGCAGAGAUGUCGUCCUGCAGAGCGACGGCAUCCGCUUAGUCACAAACUGCUUGUCGAGCCAGAGGGAAGAGACUGUCCUGUCAGCCAUCACCACCCUCGUGAACCUCCUAACACCCACGUCACGCUCUCAGAUCACCGAUCCCGCCAUCCUGCAGUGCAUGCUGCGCUUCUCCCUCUCCGAGAGCCCGCGUCUGCGCAACCUGGCUACCGUGUUUCUGCAGGACUCCUGCAGCGAGGAGCAGGUGGCGCAGGCGCAGCAGCAGAUGGAGGGGCAGCAGACGGCAGUCGGCAUCCCGCUGCCCAAAGACUAAAGACACAGCACAGACCUUUAUCUUUUUAUAAGUUUGCUCUCUCUGUGAUUCACUCUCUGUGAGAGCGUCACAGAUGUUUCACCCGCUGGAGCCAAAAUUUGAAAUGUUGUUCAAAAAAAAAUAAAAACAUUUUGGACAUCCGCUGGUAAGAAGUAAUGGAUUCACUUGACAAAAAUUAUGCUGCUUUUUUGGAAUUAAUAAAGUAAUUCUCUCAUUAACUGUGAGUAAACCUUUCAUUAUGAAAAGUUUACUCCCAGUUUGAGGUCUUUAAGGCAUCAACAAGAUACCUUAAAAUACCAAAACAGCAGUCACAUGAUGGCUGCCCCUCUGUGAGCCUGGUUUCUUCAGGUUUCUUUCUCUUUAAAGGGAGUUCUUUCUUCCUGCUGUCACCAGGUGUUUGGUCAGAGGCAGCAGUUUGAUUGUUAGGGUUUUCUCUGCAUUACUGUAAGGUCUUGCAGUAUUAAAUGUCUUGAGGUGACUAUUGUUGUGAUUUUGUGCUAUUUAAGUAAAUCUGGAUUAAAAUGAAA